AAAGAAGUGAAGAUGCCACCUGUGGCACCAGUUUGAUUGCAGAAUAAUUUCCUCGACCCGGCCGGGCUGAUCUACUGCCCACAUCUCUUGAGUGAAUUCCUCACAUCGAUGGCUUCCAAGAAGAAGUGGGGAGAGCGGAGGGAGUUGAGGAGGGAGCGGCAGUUCUCCACCCGGGACGAUGCGUCCGUGGCGUCCGGGACAUCCGGGCCGGGCCGCCCCACCGCCAGGGGGCGCUUUUCAGAGUCGUGGAAGAGGCUGAGCUCCAGAGGGGGGUCCACCAAGAGGGGGGGGCUCAACUCUCAGCAGCCACCGGCACAGAAAUCGUGGAUAGAAAGGGCAUUCAGCAAGAGAGAAUGUGUUCAUAUCAUAGUGAGCGCCAAAGACCCCCAUAGGUGCUGUUGUGGUCGUCUGAUAGGUCAGCAUGUGGGCCUGCCGCCGGGAAUCUCAUCCAGCCAGAAUGAUAAGGCAGAGCGUCUGGCCAAGAAUGACAGUCUGUCGGAGAAGUGGUCAAUCAGCAAGCACACGCAGCUCAGUCCCACCGAUGCCUUCGGCACCAUUGAGUUCCAGGGAGGAGGACACUCCAACAAAGCCAUGUACGUGCGAGUGUCUUAUGACACCAAGCCCGACCUGCUGCUCCACCUGAUGACCAAGGAGUGGCAGCUGGAUCUGCCCAAGCUGCUCAUCUCUGUCCACGGGGGCCUGCAGAACUUUGAACUACAGCCCAAACUCAAGCAGGUCUUUGGCAAAGGGCUCAUCAAGGCUGCCAUGACAACAGGAGCCUGGAUAUUCACUGGAGGGGUGAACACAGGGGUGAUUCGCCAUGUGGGUGAUGCACUGAAGGACCACGCUUCCAAGUCCAGGGGAAAGAUAUGCACCAUUGGCAUCGCUCCGUGGGGCAUCGUAGAAAAUCAAGAGGAUCUUGUCGGUAAAGAUGUGGUGCGUCCAUACCAGACCAUGUCCAACCCUCUGAGCAAGCUGACGGUUCUCAACAGUCUCCAUUCCCACUUCAUCCUGGCAGACAACGGCACCACGGGCAAGUACGGUGCUGAGGUCAAACUGCGACGCCACCUGGAGAAGCACAUCUCGCUACAGAAGAUCAACACUCGCAUCGGCCAGGGCGUGCCGGUGGUGGCCCUGAUUGUAGAAGGGGGACCUAAUGUGAUCUCCAUAGUGCUGGAGUACCUCAGGGACACUCCUCCGGUCCCUGUGGUGGUGUGCGACGGCAGCGGCAGAGCCUCGGACAUCUUGGCCUUUGGACACAAAUACUCCGAGGAGGGAGGCAUAAUCAAUGAGUCUCUGAGAGACCAGCUGCUGGUGACCAUCCAGAAGACGUUCACCUACAGCCGCACGCAGGCCCAGCACUUGUUCAUCAUUCUCAUGGAGUGCAUGAAGAAGAAGGAACUGAUAACAGUUUUCCGGAUGGGUUCGGAGGGUCAUCAAGACAUUGACCUUGCCAUCCUCACUGCAUUGCUCAAAGGUGCCAACGCUUCAGCGCCGGACCAGUUGAGUUUGGCUCUGGCGUGGAACAGAGUGGACAUUGCACGCAGUCAGAUUUUCAUCUAUGGACAGCAGUGGCCUGUUGGUUCCUUGGAACAGGCGAUGCUUGAUGCCUUAGUUCUGGACAGAGUGGAUUUUGUCAAGCUGCUGAUUGAAAACGGAGUCAGUAUGCACCGUUUCCUCACGCUUUCCAGACUGGAGGAGCUCUACAACACGCGACACGGUCCAUCAAACACACUGUACCACCUUGUCAGAGACGUCAAAAAGCGAGAAUAUCCAGGGUUCAGUUGGAUCUACUUCAAGGGGAACCUGCCCCCGGACUACCGCAUCAGCCUCAUCGACAUCGGACUGGUCAUUGAAUACCUCAUGGGCGGGGCCUAUCGGUGUAACUACACCAGGAAGAGAUUCAGGACUUUGUAUCAUAACCUUUUUGGACCCAAAAGGGACGACAUGCCGAUCCGCAGAGGCCGACAGAAGACAACACGCAAACGAGAGGAAGAGGUGGACAUCGACCUGGACGACCCAGAAAUCAACCACUUCCCCUUCCCCUUCCACGAGCUGAUGGUGUGGGCCGUGCUCAUGAAACGUCAGAAGAUGGCGCUGUUCUUUUGGCAGCACGGCGAGGAGGCGAUGGCCAAAGCCUUGGUGGCGUGUAAGCUUUGCAAGGCCAUGGCGCACGAGGCGUCCGAGAACGACAUGGUGGACGACAUCUCUCAAGAGCUGAACCACAACUCCAGAGAGUUUGGCCAGCUGGCUGUGGAGCUCUUAGACCAAUCCUACAAACAGGAUGAGCAGAUGGCCAUGAAGCUGCUGACAUAUGAGCUGAAGAACUGGAGCAACGCCACCUGCCUGCAGCUGGCGGUAGCGGCGAAACAUCGAGAUUUCAUCGCACACACCUGCAGUCAGAUGCUGCUCACCGACAUGUGGAUGGGACGCCUGCGCAUGCGCAAGAACUCAGGCCUGAAGGUAAUCUUGGGGCUCCUUCUACCACCAUCCAUCCUGAGUCUGGAGUUCAAGAACAAGGACGAGAUGUCCUACAUGCCUCAGGACCAGGAGGCCUACCUGCAGGAGAAGGAGGAGGAGGAACCUGAGAAGCCAGUCAAGGAGAAGGAAGAGGAGGACAUGGAGUUCACAGUAAGGUCUUACUGUGAGACGCAGUACAACUCCGUGGCGAUGCUGGGUAAGGUAACCACAGAGACAUCCAGAAAGAAGGAUGUUGAGGAGGUUCAGAACCGCCACCGCCUUAUCCCCAUGGGACGCAAGAUAUACGAGUUCUACAACGCUCCGAUUGUCAAGUUCUGGUUCCAUACGAUGGCCUAUGUGGGCUACCUCAUGCUGUUCAACUACAUUGUCCUGGUCAAGAUGGACCUGUGGCCAUCUCCUCAGGAGUGGGUAGUCAUUGCUUACAUCUUCACCAACGGCAUUGAGAAGAUGAGAGAGAUCCUGAUGUCAGAACCUGGGAAGUUGUUACAGAAGGUUAAAGUGUGGCUUCAGGAGUACUGGAACAUCACGGACCUCAUGGCCAUUCUCAUAUUCUCUGUUGGCAUGGUUCUGCGUCUCCAGGAGCCGCCGCUCAUGAGCUACGGGCGGGUCAUCUACUGUGUCAAUAUCAUCUAUUGGUACAUCCGGCUGCUUGACAUCUUUGGAGUCAACAAGUACCUGGGUCCCUAUGUGAUGAUGAUUGGAAAGAUGAUGAUCGACAUGAUGUACUUUGUCAUCAUCAUGUUGGUGGUGCUGAUGAGUUUUGGGGUGGCCCGUCAGGCCAUCCUCAACCCCAAUGAAGACCCCUCAUGGAUGCUCGCCAGAAACAUCUUCUUCAUGCCUUACUGGAUGAUCUACGGAGAGGUGUUUGCCGACCAGAUUGACCAUAUGCAUAGUAGGAAGUUACAGCACAGGCUGAAUGAAAAACUCUGGCUGGUCGAAAAUUACUUUCGAACUCACGGAACCUGGCGUAGUAAUGGUCCAUUCCACAUUGCCCAGUGCAGUCCAAAUCCCACCCCCUGUGGGCAGAACAUCACGGAGGAUGGGGUGGUGGUGACUCUGCCCCCCUGUAAGACCGGCGCUUGGAUUGUCCCAGCGAUCAUGGCCUGUUAUCUGCUGGUGGCCAACAUACUGCUGGUCAACCUCCUCAUUGCUGUGUUCAACAACACCUUCUUCGAGGUGAAGUCCAUCUCCAACCAGGUGUGGAAGUUCCAGCGUUACCAGCUCAUUAUGACCUUUCACGAGCGCCCGGUCCUUCCUCCUCCCCUCAUCAUCUUCAGUCACAUCACCAUGGUCCUCAAGCAUCUGUGCUGUCGCUGGCGCAAGCACGAUGACGACGAGAGGGACUAUGGACUGAAGCUUUUCAUCACAGAGGAUGAACUGAAGAAAGUCCAUGAUUUUGAGGAGCAGUGUAUAGAAGAGUACUUCAGAGAGAAGGAUGACAGAUUCCACUCUUCCAAUGAUGAAAGAAUCCGAGUCACUUCUGAAAGGGUGGAGAACAUGGCGAUGCGUUUGGAGGAGGUCAAUGAGCGAGAACACUUCAUGAAGGCGUCUUUGCAGACUGUUGAUAUUCGUCUCGCACAAAUGGAGGAGCUGAUUGGGCGGAUCGCGGUGGCCCUGGAGCGCGUGACCGGCGUGGAGCGCGGUGAGGUCAACAAAGUGCGUUCCCGGACUUCGUCUGACUGCACCGACUCUGCGUACAUCCUCCGCCACGCUGAGUGCCCAGAUGCAGCAUACAUCCUCCGCCAAAGCAGCUUUAACAGCACAGAGGGGAACGCUUACCGCCUCCAGGAGGCACUGGAGGGAACGGCGGAGGGCUCCAUGUCUCCCCCGUCUCCCACGAGCAUGGCUGCACGGACCAGGAGUCACUCGUUCUAUGUAGGAGGAGGUCGCGGCGGCGAGCGGGGGAGUAGAGCCGAGCGGGCUGAAAGCUUCUUCAAGGAACGCUCCAUCAGUCUCCACCGAGCCAACAGUUCUCAGUCUGUGUCCUCAUCCGCCGCCCCCAAGGAGUCUAAGCCCCUCCCACUGGCCACGCUGUCGGUCUCCCAGCAGCACCGUCCGUCGUCGUGCAUUGAUAUCUACGUCUCGACUUCUGAGGAGGUGGGACCCGCAGAGGUCUUUCUGGACCCUCUGCGGGUGAUCCCACCGCUCCAGAGAGACUGCUCGCUCCAGUCGGAUAUCAUGGAGACGGUGCUGCCCGGAGGCCGCGACUUCAGCAGCGCCGCCACCACCGGUCUGGGCGACAGACACUCGGAGGGCGGCGCGGGCAGCAGCGGGACGGCUGGAGCCAUGUUUGACGACAGCGCGGCCGCCGAUCUGUCCCUGUGCUCAGCACAUCUCUUGCCAGACACCACCUUACCUCUCUGGGAUAUGGAACCAUCCCCACCUCCCUCCGCAGGGCCGCUCGAACGCUCCAAGAGCAGCCGCUACCUCUCUACAGCGGGCACGUCUUUCCUGGAUGAGCCUAAUCUGGUCAAGUCCCACAGCCUCAUGUUCACGCCCAGGGGCUGCUAUGGGGGAAUCGGGGCAGGGGUCCAGGUAAAGGCUGCAGAAUACACCAGCAUCACCGACUGCAUCGAUACGCGCUGUGUCUCCACCCCGUACACCCCUGUGGAACGCUCGCACUCGCCGGGGGCGUCCACCUCCUUCCCGUUCGAUAAGCCGUCAGACAUUGGCUCUUCUCACCCAGAACGAGAGGCAGAGCUUAGCCACACAGAGUCUGAUCCAGAGGACCCUGAGGACCUGAUUCCAGCCCCUGAUACCCCUCGCUUAGGGGGCCUCGGCGGGCCCAGUGGGGCCCCUCUCUGCUCCCCCUUCUCCAGGCUGGAGCGGGCAAAUAGCUGCUCUUCAGACGACUCCCAUCCUUCCCUCACACUGGCCCCUCCGCACCGGAAGAGCCUGUCGGUGAGUGAGAGGAUGGAGAGGGGACCGGGUCUGGGGGCAGAUAGGGGGCCUGGGCCCGGGCCUGGGGGGCGGGGCCUGGUAGGAACCAGAAACCCCUUCCUCAGGAGCAAGUCUGGAGCCAGGCCUGACACAGCCAAGACUGACAGCCUGUCCAUGAGGAAGCUGGCCACUCCGUCAGCCUUUCGCAGUUUCGACAGACAAAACUACACGUGACAAGGACACGCCGGUGCACUCGCACACUGCUAGGACGAGGGACGAAAACAGGAAGGGCCAAGGGUAAAUGUGAAAGCAGGGUGAGGUUGCCCCUAGAUACUGAUUCUCACCAGAUCUGCAGUUUUAUUUUAUUUGAAUUAGUUGAAAUAAGAAGCAUUUAAUGACGGGCAGUGUUGAAGGGCAUCUUUACCCUGUCUCUUACAUCAAUGUGGAACAACACGGAAGGCCAAGGGGUCCUACUGUACACCAAUCAAAACAAAGAGCUAUGAAUCUAGACUAGUUUUUACCUCUUGUAGCUAAGUAACUCUCAGUGGGGUGUUAUGGCAAUGGAAGGUGUAUUUGUACUGUAUGUCUUCCACCCACCACCUUUUACAUCCAGUAGGCAUCUGUCACUGUGUUUCAUCACAUAUCAGUCAUGCUAGUCAGACAAAGUGUACCGUUACUCCUAGCUGCAUUCAAUGGUAGACUAUGUCCAGUCCGAGAGACGGAGGGAGAAGAGAGAGAGACGGCCACCUCAUUUUGUCAUUUUGUUUUAGCAUUUGUCAUUUCUACUUCUUCUUCAGAACAUGUGCUUCAAAGGCAUUUUUCCUCUCUUCAUAUAAUCCCAAAUUUUACUUGUCAGAUCUCAGCACUACAGCGGACAGGAAGAAGCCCAUUCUUCUGUCAGCUUAAUGGAGGCAGCGGCGAGUGUUUGGGCU